ACUGUGCAGAGUCCAUACAUACAGAAUGAGGACAGAUACCGAGAAUGACACCCGGCAUCCGGGACAGGAGAAGUGGGACUGUGCAGAGUCCAUACAUACAGAAUGAGGACAGAUACCGAGAAUGACACCCGGCAUCCAGGACAGAGAAGUGGGACUGUGCAGAGUCCAUACAUACAGAAUGAGGACAGAUACCGGAGAAUGACACCCGGCAUCCGGGACAGGAGAAGUGGGGACUGUGCAGAGUCCAUACAUACAGAAUGAGGGACAGAUACCGAGAAUGACACCCGGCAUCCAGGACAGGAGAAGUGGGACUGUGCAGAGUCCAUACAUACAGAAUGAGGACAGAUUACCGAGAAUGACACCCGG